GUUUGGUGUUUGUUUGCUGACUGCAUUCUGAACUCGGGAGGAAGGAUUCUUCGUGUGUAGACAACAAAAUAACUGCUUGCUAACUAGUUCAAAAUACGACCACCUAAAUUCACAUUUAGUAACGAAUUUUAAAGUAACUUAACACGUUAGUAUUUGGCUACCUUUCAAAGUGGUCUAAUAAUAUAAUAUAGUACAUAACUAGCUAAUCAGCCGUCGUCUGGCUAGACCUUUGUGGAGCAAGGUGCUUCUGAAAAGCUAACAUUAGCUAGCUGCCGUUAGCGAGCUAGAAGGAUUCAAAAGAACAACUGGUAACGUUAGCUACUUGCGGGCUAGCCAGAAACCGGGGGAAUCAGCACAGCAACACCACGGGGAGCCGGGGCCCGAGAGGGAGCCUUCCAGGCCUGCGGCUUGAUGUGCCCUGCCUGCCUCGCCCCAGCAGUCCACAAUGGGGGAGACCAAGGUUAUCUAUCACCUCGACGACCAGGAAACACCGUACCUGGUCAAAUUGGCAGUGCCAGCAGACAGGGUUACACUUGCGGACUUCAAAAAUGUUCUGAAGAAACCUAACUACAAGUUCUUCUUCAAAUCUAUGGAUGACGAUUUUGGGGUUGUGAAAGAAGAGAUAUCUGAUGACAAUGCCAAACUCCCUUGUUUUAAUGGCCGUGUGGUGUCUUGGCUGGUGUCGGGGGACGGUUCCCACUCGGACGGUGGCUCUGUGGUGGAGAGUUUGUCGGAGCUGCCGCCACCCCCCCUGGAGAGGACAGGCGGAAUCGGGGACUCCAGACCCCCCUCUUACCAUGGGAAGGCCACAGGUGGACGAGACUCCUUGGACAAUGAGACAGAGACAGGCUCCAUGGUGUCCCAGAGAAGAGAGAGGGAACGGCCGCGCCGAAAACAUGCUCACGAUCAUGGGGGGAGAAAUGGCUACUCUCGGGUGGGCAGAGGGGCAGAGAUUGGCCAAUAUGACAGUUGCUCAUCCUUCAUGAGCAGUGAGCUGGAGUCCACCAGCUGCUUUGACUCAGAGGAUGAUGACGCCACAAGCCGGUUCAGCAGUUCAACUGAACAGAGCUCCUCCCGACUAAUGAGGCGACACCGCCGCCGGCGCCGGAAACCAAAAACAUCCAACAUGGAAAGGUCAUCAUCAUUCAGCAGCAUCACAGAUUCCACCAUGUCACUGAACAUCAUCACUGUCACUCUGAACAUGGAGAAGUAUAACUUCCUGGGCAUCAGUAUCGUGGGCCAGAGCAACGAGCGGGGCGACGGGGGCAUCUAUAUCGGCUCCAUCAUGAAGGGAGGGGCGGUGGCCGCGGACGGACGCAUCGAGCCUGGAGACAUGCUGUUGCAGGUGAAUGACAUCAACUUUGAGAACAUGAACAACGACGAUGCAGUUCGAGUGUUGAGGGACAUCGUGCACAAGCCAGGCCCGAUUACUCUGACUGUGGCCAAGUGCUGGGACCCCAAUCCCAGGAGCUGCUUUGCUUUGCCUAGAAGUGAGCCGAUCCGGCCCAUUGACCCUGCUGCCUGGGUGUCCCACACAGCGGCGAUGACGGGGGUGUACCCUGCCUAUGGCAUGAGCCCCUCCAUGAGCACAGUUACCUCCACCAGCUCCUCCAUCAGCAGCUCCAUACUGGAGACCGAACGCUUCGACGAUUUCCACCUGUCCAUCCACAGCGACAUGGCAACCGUUGCCAAGGCCAUGGCUUCACCGGAGUCUGGCCUGGAGGUCCGGGACAGGAUGUGGCUGAAGAUCACCAUCGCCAACGCCUUCAUAGGCUCAGAUGUGGUGGACUGGCUCUUCCAUCACGUUGAGGGCUUCUCAGACCGGCGAGAGGCCAGGAAAUACGCAAGUAACCUGCUGAAGGCCGGCUACAUCCGGCACACCGUCAACAAGAUCACCUUCUCGGAGCAGUGCUACUACAUCUUCGGGGACCUCUGUGGCAACAUGACCCACCUCUCUCUGCAUGACCACGACGGCUCCAGCGGGGGUGCGUCGGACCAUGACACCCUGCCCCCUCUGCCCCACCCUGGCGCAGCCCCCUGGCCCAUGGCCCUGCCCUACCAGUUCCCCAUCGCCCACCCCUACAGCUCCCAGCCCCAGCAGGACCUUCCCCCAGGCUUCCCUGGAGUAGGGGCGGGCAGCGCUGGUAGCCAGCACAGCGAAGGGAGCAGCGGUUCAAACUGCAGUAAGACGGAGGGACGCGGGGGGGCCGGGGGCUCCAACAAGUCAGGCGGGAGUGGCAGCGAAUCAGAGAUCAGGAGCCAUCGUGCUCCCAGCGAGCGUUCCGUGGCCCCUAGCGAGCGCAGCGUCCGCAGUUCCUACAGCCACCGAAGCGGCCACUCGCUGUCCUACGGGCCCGGUCUGGUUUACGGCCCCCCGGGACUGCCUCCUCAGCCCCCCCACAUGGCCUCAGCGGCUCCCGGGGCCCCGCCAGGCCGAGAGCUGGCCAAUGCUCCCCCAGAGCUAACUGGUUCCCGACAGUCCCUCCGCAUGGCAGUGGGCAACCCUGGCGAGUUCUUCGUCGACGUCAUGUGACUCAGGUGAUGUCAUAGGAACACUACGAGAUGGUGGUUGGAUAGGGAUUUAUUUUAAGUGCUGAGUGAGACGGACGGGAGGAGAAAACCUCUAGGAAAGAAAUCGCAUUUUGGGGUCAAUUCCAUUUCCGUUCUCAUUGCCAGAAUUUAAAAGGAAUUGAGGCCAACCUUGCUGGAACCUUCCCAUCUUGCUCUUCUGCUUCUGAGAGUACUCGCUAUACUUUCUUCAGUGAAGAACCCCCCCACCCCACCCAGAUGGAACCAAAAAGCGCCUUUUCUCCGUUUCCUCCCUGUAAGAGGAGUUGUGUUUGGGUCGGGACGGGGGGGGGAGAGGCCCUGCGAACAGCUGGAGAUGACUCAGCUCUUUUCUACGUCGAUUAUUUUUCUCCUCCGUUAGUCUUUUCUCUCUUUCCUCUUUGUCUGCACGUCCUCUGUCCUCCCAACCACAGCCCACCAGAGACAACAUUUACAAAGCCUUCUUCCAUCUAAACUGACCCCUUAACAAGAGAUUGUUUGCAAAGUGCAAGGAAUCUGAAAAUGAACACUAACCGUUGAAUCUUACGUUGACCUCUGUUUUUUUUUGUUUUUUGUAUGACUAUGAAAAAGAGUGAAAAAGAAAAGUAUGUAGUGCAAAUGAAUUAAGGGUCCUUCUGUUUUUGUUUUUAUCAUAGCUGCUCGCAGAUAUAUGUAGUUUGUUUUUCAACACAUAACACGAGCUUCCAGCGUAAAGACUCAUUCUUGAAUUACAUUUUCGUCUUUUAACCAGAGAUAUACAGGAUUUGUCUCCAUGUCUUGCGUUAAUGUUUUCUUACCAACUCUUAACUACUCUGUUAUUGAGAAAAUGUCUUUUUAUUUAUAAAUAUAGUUUUAUGACUAA